GGUUCCUGUGACGCAGCCCGUUUUAAAACAUCGUUCUCCUUAGUAAUGGCGGCUUCGUUUCCAUCUCCUCCUGCAAGCAACAAUAACAAAUGGUACUUCACCCGGCAACAGAUCGAAAACAGCCCCUCUCGGCGAGCAGGCCUGGACUGUGACAAGGAGCUGUCCUACAGACAACAGGCCGCGAACCUUCUGCAGGACAUGGGACAGAGGCUCAACGUCUCACAGCUUACUAUAAAUACUGCCAUUGUGUACAUGCACCGAUUCUACAUGGUGCAGUCUUUCACCAGAUUUCACAGAAAUGUCAUAGCUCCAGCCACACUGUUCCUGGCUGCCAAGGUGGAAGAGCAGCCCCGAAAAUUGGAGCAUGUUAUCAAGGUGACGCAUGCCUGCCUGAACCCCCAGGAUCCAUCACCAGACGUACGCAGUGACGCUUACCUGCAACAAGCCCAAGACCUGGUCAUUCUGGAGAGCAUUAUACUCCAGACCUUGGCUUUUGAGAUCACCAUUGAUCACCCUCAUACGCACGUUGUCAAGUGUACUCAGCUCGUUAGAGCAUGCCUCUCUGGUUUUAUCAUUCCAGCGAGUAAGGACCUGGCCCAGACCUCCUACUUCAUGGCCACUAACAGUCUGCACCUGACCACCUUCUGCCUGCAGUACAGCCCGCCCAUCGUCGCCUGCGUGUGCAUCCAUCUGGCCUGCAAAUGGUCCAACUGGGAGAUCCCAGUCUCUACAGACAGCAAGCACUGGUGGGAGUACGUGGAGCCCACUGUGACGCUGGAGCUGCUGGACGAACUGACAAAUGAGUUUCUGCAGAUCUUGGAAAAGACGCCCAGCCGAUUAAAACGGAUUCGUAACUGGAAAGCCGGGGGUCAGACGGCAAAAGGAAAGUCUAAAGCCCAGGACGAUGGGGACCCCACGGACGCCAUGAUGAGCAUGAUCUCCAUGGCCUCCUCCGAGACCACCCUGGCCGGGCUCAUGAGCCUCUCGGGCCCCUCCUCCUCCCUCGGAGACGGCGUGGAGAUGGGCAGUGCCCAGCACUGGCACCCCGACAUGAAGCCCGGCUCUGAGGAGCCGCCACAGCCCAACCACGAGGUGCACGCCCCGGCCAAGGUGUCGCUCAGCGAGUACCGCGCCAAGAACGCGGACGUGCUGGCUGCCCAGAAGAGGAAGCUUGAGAACAUGGAGGCCAGCGUGAAGCGGGACUAUGCCAACGCGGCCCAAGCCCUCAUUGGUCAGCAGCAGCAUCCCAGGAAAGACAAGCAGCAGCAGCAGCAGCAGCACCAGCACCAGCAGCACCAGCACCAUCAACAGCAGCCCAGCUCUCACUCGAGCUCCUCUUCCUCCUCUGAUGUAAAUAACCCUUCGCCCAUCAUCCUCAAAAUCCCCCUUGAGAAGGACCGGCACGAGCGCAGCUCCCUGAAGAUGAGGCUGCCCCUGGGUGGGGUGGCGGGUGGCGGGCACAGCGGCAGCAGCGGCCGCAGUCAGGACCCGGACAUUAAAGUGAGGAUCCGGAUGCCGGAGAAACAGAGAGGGAGUUCAGGGGAGGAGGGGAAGAGCCGGGACAAGCACAGGGAACGCUCAAAUCACCACCAUCACCACCACCACCACCACCACCACCAUUCCUCCUCUGGCAGUGCCCCGCUCUCCUCCACGUCCUCCCACAAACACUCCUCCAGCGCCGGGGCCGCCGUGGGCGGCGGCAGCAAAAAGAUCCCCAGCGACUCGUCCCGGCUGAGCUCGUCCUCGGCCUCUCGGAAGAGGACCCACCCCCAGGAUCCCCCAGCGCCGCACCCCGCCCCUAAGAUGAGCAAGUCCUCGCGCAACGCCUACCAGCUGGCGGCGCUGUCUUCCACCUCGGCGCACGCUCUGGGGCACGCUCCGGACAGCCUGACGCCCCUGGGCCUGGCCCACCCCCAGGGCAGCUACCCCCACAGCAAGGGAGACAAGGCGGACACAAACGGACACGGCGCCGCCACCGGGGGCCAGUCGAACGAGUACCAGGACACCUUUGAGAUGCUGAACUCCCUGCUGAGUGCUCAGGGUGUCCAGCCGGCGCAGCCGCCCCUGUUUGACUACAGGCCCCAGUACGGGGACUUUCGCUACGCGGCUAACUCCAGGGGCAACAGCGCCCGGCCGCCGCCCCUUCCUUCAGAACCGCCCCCCCCUCUGCCGCCGCUGCCCAAGUAAACACUUCAGGGGGUGCAAGGACGUAUACUGUACUUGAUAUCCUACACAAUGAUAUUGCUUUGUAGUACAUCACGGGGGAUUCUUUUCUCCUUUUGAAAUGUUUGUGAUCAUGUGUUGCUGUUUUCAGCCUAUGGUGGAUGACAUUUACUUGUUUUAUAAUUUGUAACAUACUUUAGGAUAGUUUGUGAAAAAAAAUCUCCAAAUUGGGGUAAAAUUAAGACACUCUGAGGAACAAGAUAUUUAUGGGAAGACGUGUAAAUACUAUUUUUUGAUGUUACAUUUUGUAUGACCUCAACUCCAAUGAAAUGUGAUGGUGGGAUGUGGCUUUUUUUGCCGUCACUGUAAAAAAAGAAGUCAGACGCCUUGAAAUUAUAAAUGAAGCAUUGCAUCGUGUAGGUAUUACUUCAAGUCUUGCUGGCGAUUCUUUUAAAUAUGUUUUUAUAGUACAGUAUUUAUUAAUUGAAUGCGAUUCAAGAGAAACAUACUCCUGAUAAAAUAUCUAAGCCUCUGCUUUCAGUUUUAUCAUUUAGGAGUUGUGUUCAUGUAUUGGCUUGAAUGCAUGUCUGUAGCUGUUUUUUUUUUUUUCGUUUUUUUUUUUUACUCUUCCCAUAGCAUUUCUUCCCCAUCCCUGUUUUAUUUUUUAUUUUUUUAUUACCUGCAUUACUUCAUAUGCUCCUGUACAAAGAUUGUAAAACAAAAAAUAUUUUUACAUUUUGAUAAGAAAAGUUGGAAAAUUAAGUUUACUUAAAGGGAUACUGUGUAAUUUUUUAAGUCAUUUAUUACCUCACAUCAACGUAUUCAUUCAUAAAUAAGUCCUCAUUGGUGUAAAAUUAUCUCUGCCCAAAAUCUCACUUAUCCUCCUGAGCGAAGAAUAAUUAAUAUGUAGUUACAUAGGACGGGUAAGCUUCAUGGAGGCUUCCAUGUUCUUCCGGUCUAUGAACUGCCGAGAGGGACAAAAAGCACUACGUGGUACAGGAAAAGCAAACGCGUUUUCACUCUGAGCCAGCGUGAAUGAUGCCUGAAAUAAUUCACUAUCUUGCGUGAAGAGUAAUUACUCGUACAUCAUUAGCUUACACUAAUGAUUCAAUGCAGUUUGAAUUUUGUUUGAAAUAACGAACCUCAUCACUCGAAUGACUCGAUGAGGUGGUAUUGGAUGUCAUAACACAGCUUCUUGGCACAUACUGCCCACCGUAGUUUUUGAACAAGCAAGCACUAUUAGUUUGAAUGCAAACAUACAAUUGUACCACUAGAUGGGAGUAAUUUUUACACAGUGUCCCUUUAAGGAAGCCUGGUUAUUAUUUUUUUUAAAGGUUUUGCAGUCAUUGUUUUAAAUGGUUGUUAAAUAGAUGAAUACUGUUCAUUCUGAAAUAAUCACACUAAAAAUGUUUGUACCAAACUUGUUGUCCAGGUCAUUGAACAUGUCUACAGUGUAUAGCCUAAGGUACUGCCAGUCUGAAGUCCCAUCAUGUGUCCUGUCUGGACAGAGUGGGCACGCUGCCUGAAACAGUGGUAGCAUAAUUAUCAUGUUGGGCCAAGUAUUCAUCAAGAAACAAAGGAAGGCCAUAACACCGCUCAGUCUUCAGUUAAAGUACAAGUUUUGAGUUUGGAUAUACAAGCUAAAUUUUUUUGUCAACGUUUCUUGUUUGGAAUAACUAUGGUCCUCAUUACGGACAGCAUAUGUCAUGGCUGUGUUUUAUCAUGUUCUGAACAAGGUGUAUGUGUAAACAGUUCUGACACUAUCCACAGUUUAAAAGGUUGAAUAGGUGAGUGCAUGUCUUGUUUAUUUGAGGGCCAUACUAUUUUAUUUUAACUACGGUCUUCUAUUAUGCAGACCAUAUGUGUUGUGUAAACUCAAAUGUACACAAUUAAUGUUGAGUAUCCAUACAAUAAAUUAUGGCAAGGAUUUCCAGGUA